AGUAAAAACACAAUACUUUAAGAGCGCGCUGUCUUUGAUCUCAGAGUUAUUUAUUUUUAGCUGGUAGCUUUCACACGCACGUGAGCUCUGUGAUGGUCUGUAACAAACCGGACACGAGGACUAACAAAGAGGGGUUAAAACAACACACACACACACACACACACACACACACACACACACACACACACACACACACACACACACACGCACGCACGCACGCACGCACACACACGCACACACGCACACUCUCACACACACGAACGCGCGUGAAUGCACGUGCGUGUGACCGUCGGAUGUGGCACUGUUUGUUCUAGCACGUGCGUGAGUUUUUAGGUUUAACCAAUGAGGUUUGUUUAUGUAUUUUAUUUUGUGAUGACUUAUGUGAGCAGUUGUACGGUCGUGCGUGUUUGUCGCUGCCACUUCCUCCUCCUCCUCCUCCUCCUCCCUUUAUCGGGUCUCACUGCCGGCAGCGUGCAGCAUGAUGGGGUUUGUCCCAACACCCUGAACCCGCACCUGUGGGUGGACGCGCAGAGCACGUGCGAGAGGGAGUGCAGCAGCGACCAGGACUGUGCUAUCUUUGAAAAAUGUUGCACAAAUGUUUGUGGUCUGCUCAGCUGUGUGGCGUCUCGUUUCUCAGAUGAUUCCUCUCUGUCCCCUGCUGCCCCUGAUGGCCAACCAGGUACAAAUAUGUCAAAUAUGGGUGGGGCCAGCUGUAAUGGCUUUCUGUGCAGCCAGCAGGGGGCAGAGUGUGUGUUGUGGGCGGGUCAUCCGGUGUGUAAGUGUCAGGAUCGUUGUGAGAGCGAGCCCAGCUUCACCUGUGCCUCUGACGGCUUGACAUAUUUCAACCGCUGUUACAUGGAUGCCGAGGCGUGUGUUCAGGGUGUGACACUCACCAUGGUCACGUGCCGAUAUCACCUGUUUGCAAGCCCCAGCACAUCAGACACCACAGUCCCACCCACACCCACUUCCUCUGCCCCUUUCCCUCCUACUCUCUACUCUAACCCCCAGCACCGGAUUGUUUACCUGGGUGGAACUGUCAACUUUCACUGUGAUGUUACCGGACAUCCGAAGCCAGACAUCACCUGGGAGAAACAGUCAGAGCAUCGGGUCAUGCGGCCAGAUCAGAUGUAUGGUAAUGUUGUAAUCACAAACAUCGGACAGCUUGUCGUGUACAAUGCUCAGGUGCUUGACACAGGAAUAUACACCUGUGUUGCUCGCAAUUCGGCCGGCGUUCUGCAUGCUGAUUACCCUCUUUCAGUAGUUCGUCGAAAUGAACAUGAUGCCUUUGAUGACCCUGAAACAGGGACAGACAUUCCUGAGCAGCCAUUUUCUCCAUCUGACUGCUUGGCGAGUGUUGAAGAGGGAGAGUGUGGUGAGAGCCAUGUGGAUUGGCAUUACAAUGCCAUGCUUGGAUCCUGCCAGCCUUUCACACAUGGAGGGUGUCUGCAUGGGAGAAACAGAUUUGAGACGUAUGAGGAUUGUCGAACAUCCUGUGAGAGGGAGGAGGUGGCCCUGUGCAACCUUCCAGCGGUCCAAGGCCCCUGCAGGAACUGGGAGCCCCGCUGGGCCUACAAUGCUGUUACAAGGCUGUGCCAGGCCUUUGUCUAUGGAGGCUGCCGUGGGAACAGCAACAACUUCCGCUCCAAGGCAGAAUGCCAGGCGAGCUGCCCUCGUCAGAGCUCACGACCAUGCAGGAGCUGUAGGCCUAAGGGCAGGCUGGUGCAGAGUCUAUGCCGUAGUGACUUUGUGAUCGUUGGUCGUCUCACAGAGCUAAUCGAGGACCUGAACUCUGGAAUUGCUCGCUUUAGUCUGGAGCAGGUUCUGUGGGAUGAGAAAAUGGGCUUGAAGAAGUUCAAAGCCCGAUAUCUGGAAGUCACGCUGGUCCGCAUGGACUGGAGCUGCCCGUGUCCCAACAUCACUAUGCUGGAAGAAAGCCCCCUGCUGGUGAUGGGUGAAGUGCAGGAAGGCAUGGCUGUGGUACUGCCCGAAAGCUACGUGAGACCCACUUCUGAACGCAGGGUGAAGAAAAUUCAGGAUGUUUUGAACAAGAAGACCUGUGAGAUGCUGCAGAGGUUUCAGGACUGAUCCUGUGUGUGUUUAACUUUAUAAACCCUUUAUUGGAUUUUUACAUGUGCUGAUGUGUUAUUGUGUUAUGUUCAUUUCUGAAACAUAACAAUAAGAUUUAGGAAAUUGUGACUAUGUAAUUUUAACAUUAUCCCUAACUCUAACAGAUGUCCCUCUGUGUAAGUGUUCACGUUAGUAUUUUAUUAACAGAAUUACUGACUCUGGUUCUCUGUGAAGGACAGAACAAAAUACAACAUGGAGGACAUCUGCUAUAAAAACUGUACAGAUCUUUGUUUUGACAUAAAAGUGCCAAAUGAUAUGAAAUGUGUGUGUGUGUGUGUGUGUGUGUGUGUUCAGUCUAGAAUGAUUAGAUUGGUUGUUUUUGAGGUGUUAUACGUUAUAUAGUAUGUACACAGUGUUUUUCUCAGUUUUGUGUGUGUUCAUGUCGACUUAAUUGUUUAUGACAAUAAAAUCAACCACACACUCAAUAA